ACAGAUAAAUAUCGGAACAUUGUCAAUAGGUUAUUACAGCAUUCGCAUAUUAUAAUCCUCAUCGUUAUUCGCUUCUAAAUGAACCACAAAAUACUAACAAUUUUGUUCUAAAACUCGACCACGAUCGCGAGACACGUUCAAGCGUGGCGCGUCUCAAUGGCGGAUUCAUUUCUUCAUCGGAUAGGUUCCCGGAUGACGCAAUCUGCCCAGGCAUUUCCGGCACGACCGAGACUUCCACUCGAGUGUAAAAUUUUUCACGCAGAGUCUUCGAUUCAUCGAGAAUUCGAAAUCGAAAUCAUAUUUUUUUUCGCGAGAAAAAUUCGGCAUUUUCGACGCGACGCGGGGCGAAAAAAUUCUGGGUCACCAAGCGCGGGAAGCACGUGGCGCCGCGUGACGUCAUCUACGCCCCUGACAGCGGACGCGCUGUCAUUGGAGGGACUACUUUGCGUCGGUCUGGCGGAGCGGCGCAUGGUGCGUUGCGGUCGUUCAGCGAAGCUCGGCGAAGGAAAAUGAACUCCGCGGUUAUCACGGCGCUAUGAGCCGUAAAUCCAAAUGUUUCGUCGUCCCUCGUGAGUGAAAUAGAAAUAUCGAUUAGCACGAUCGGGAUGGAGGUCAGCGCGUCCAGGAGCGAGUCCGGGAUCGCACCAGAGCUGUACUUCCUGAUCGCGAAGUUUUUGGCGGCGGGUCCCUGCGCGGAAGCCGCGACGGCGCUGAAGCGGGAAUUGGAGCAUGCCAAGACUUUACCGUCGCGACUCGAUUGGGAAGGGCACGUGCACAAUCAAACGUUCGAGGAGCUGGAAAAGAAAUAUUCUCACAUUGGGUCAAAUCAUUUGUUGCAAAUAUGUGCCAGAAUUGGACCAGUGUUAGAGAAAGAAGUGCCGCCAUGUGUUCCUGGAGCAAUAUCGCUUUUGGGCGCAGGCAGACAAUCUUUGCUGCGUACCUACGAAGACAUUACACGUCACACAAACAGUAUUGUCAAUUUUUCCGGAAGAUUCGGUGGAAAGCCCUUUCUAGAAUUUACUAGUUUGUUAGUGCCUAACAUAGUACGUGUACUUCAGGGACGUGAAAACUCCGGUCCUUUGAGUCGAAGACAGGCAAAACCUACAAAGUUCUACAGCAAGAUGAAUUUAUAUCGACGUACACUGGGUCAUUUAUCCGCAGUGUAUUGUGUGCUGUUUGAUCGCACCGGUAAAUAUAUUAUAACUGGAGCGGAUGAUUUGCUUGUCAAGGUCUGGAGUUCUGUCGAUGGACGUUUACUUGCCACUUUUCGAGGCCCGUCCGCCGAAAUUAUGGAUAUUGCAGUAAAUUUUGAUAAUACUUUAUUGGCGGCGGGAAGUUUAGAUCGAGUUUUACGAGUCUGGUGUUUCCAGACGAUGUCACCUGUGGCAGUUUUAAUGGGGCAUACAGGCAUGAUUACAUCCGUGAAUUUUUGUCCAAUAGAAUGUAAUGGUGUUUAUUAUUUGGUCUCUACUAGUACAGAUGGAUCGGUGGCCUUUUGGUCUCAUACAAAGAAAGUGAAUGAAAGAGCGGUAUUUCAGACAAAACCUAUUCAAUAUCAUGAAAAAAUGAGACCUGGUCAAGCACAAAUGAUUUGUGCCUCUUUUAGUCCUGGGGGCGCAUUUAUGGCAGCUGGAUCUGCAGAUCAUAAUGUAAGAGUUUACACAAUGUUAGGAGACGAAGGACCACGCAGAGUCCUCGAAGUGGAGUCGCAUUCCGAUACUGUAGAUAGCAUUCAGUGGGCGCAUAACGGUUUGAAAUUCAUUUCUGGUUCUAAAGACGGUACUGCGAAUGUAUGGCAUUUUGAGCAACAGCAAUGGGUACAUAAACAACUACUCAUGGCAACAAAAUUACCUGGAGAACCAGAAACAGAAGAUGACACAAGCAAAAAAGCGAAAGUAACUAUGGUUUGUUGGGAUGUAAGCGAUGAGUACGUUAUAACAGCGGUAAACGAUUGCACAUUGAAAGUGUGGAAUGCAAAAUCGGGUGCAUUGAUGAAAGUUUUGCGUGGACAUAAAGACGAAGUAUUUGUAUUAGAAUCGCAUCCGAUAGAUCCUCGCUUGAUACUUAGCGCUGGUCAUGAUGGACAGCUUAUUAUUUGGGACGUAUUAAAUUCGGAAUCGAUAGCGUGUUUUCAAAAUUCUGUCGAAGGUCAGGGAAAUUGUGCUAUCUUUGAUGCGAAAUGGUCGCCUGAUGGUACAAUGCUCGCUGCAACAGAUUCUAAUGGACAUCUUUUGAUGUAUGGAUUUGGAUCUGGUGCUGAGAAAUUAAAAACUAUACCAAAGGAAUUAUUCUUUCAUACGGAUUACCGGCCCUUAAUAAGAGAUGCAAAUAAUUAUGUUCUUGACGAACAAACACAAACUGCGCCACAUUUAAUGCCGCCGCCGUUUUUAGUUGAUGUGGAUGGAAAUCCUUAUCCACCAACGCUACAGAGAUUGGUACCAGGAAGAGAAAACUGUAGAGGCGAACAAUUAGUACCAAAUAUUGCAGUUGGUGCUGGUGGGAUGCAAGAAGUUAUAGAAGGUCUUCCAGAACAAGAACCAAGAUCGAACAUUGAUCGAUUGAUUGAGGCUCUUGCUCAGAGACAAAAUAUCAAUGCAGAUGGAGAAGUCAUAGGUGAUGAUAGGGAGAAUAAUAUCGCAGAGCAACCGAUUCGUCAAAUAGCAAGUCCCCGCGGUAGUAGAGCCGGUUUGAGGAGAGAAGGCAAUGUCGAGGGUGUUCGACAAAGUAGUGGUAAUUGGCAGAGGGACAAUACUACGCCGUGGAACAAACCUAUUCUCGCACGUCCCAUGAGGCUAGCCUUCAAAGAGACUCAAAUUAAGGCAGUUCAAUCAAUGGCCGAGAUGGAAUUAGAAAACUGGCGGCGGGAAAUGCGACGGCGACCGCAGCCUACAUCGAGCACUGCCACUAAUCAGGGCAAUAUAGGAAGUAGACUCGUAAACCGCAAACGUAAUAGAACUACUAGACACGGUUAUAGAACCAGAGCAACGCGUGAUGAAGAACAGGAGGAAGAAUAUGAGAAUCCUGAUAAUACUGGCACAUCAGCGAGUUCUGCCAGCACCAAUAGCAAUGAUUCUACUGCUCAUGAGGAAGAUUUGUGUUCCGAUAGCACUACCACUGAUUCGAGCACUGAAUAUUCAGAUUGGAUGGCGGACCAUGGACUGAACUUAGAACCGCCUAAACGUAGUAAACGUAAACCCGUGAAAAAACGAUCUGUCACACCACCGAGUGAUACAGACAGAAGACGCAGUAAACGUCCUAAGAAAAAGCAGGGAGUACAAAUAGCUAAUGGAGUUUGUGAAGUUUCUGAUAUAUACCGCCCUUCAGAAUGGCUUACCGAAGUAAUACCGAGGAAAGCUCCUUAUUAUCCACAAAUGGGCGAUGAAAUAGUAUAUUUCAGACAAGGUCAAAAAUUCUAUUUAGAUGCAGUUAGGAAUAAAAAGAUUUAUGAGCUUAGUCCUCGGUGCGAGCCAUGGACCAAGAUGAAUAUUAGAGCACAAGAGUUUGUGAAAGUAGUGGGCAUUAAGUAUGAAAUUAAACCGCCUCGUUUAUGUUGCUUGAAAUUAGCACUGAUGGACGAAGACGGUCGACUUACCGGGCAGAAUUUUACUAUCAAAUAUCACGAUAUGGCCGAUGUGUUAGAUUUCCUAGUGUUACGUCAAACUUUUGAUAUGGCGUUGGCACGUAGUUGGUCCGAAGGUGAUAAAUUUCGUUGUAUGAUCGAUGAUGGUUGGUGGAUGGGACAGAUUGUCGGGAUGGAGCCGCUAGAUGAAGAAUUUUCGGAUUCAUUUUUUAUGUGUUUUCGCGUCAGAUGGGAUAAUGGAGAAUACGAACGGAUGAGUCCUUGGGAUCUCGAACCUGUUGACGAAGAGAGAAUCCCUGUGGAAAUCGGUAACUCGGUUCCCGUCUUACCAGAAGAGAGACAAGCGAUACUGUAUCAACCCCAUGCGGAAGAAUGGCCCAUGGGUGAUAGAGAAGCCACUUGUCGUCGAAUCAUACGAGGCCUGGAUCAGGUGAUGAGCCUCGCAAUCGCGGAACCAUUUGUAGUACCGGUGGAUCUCAGUCUUUAUCCGACUUAUGCGUAUAUUGUUGAAUAUCCAAUCGAUUUAUCGACUAUAAAAGCUCGGUUUGAGAAUCAUUUCUACCGAAGAAUCACAUCGGCGCAAUUUGAUGUCAGAUAUUUAGCAACAAAUGCUGAACAAUUCAAUGAACCUCACAGUCAUAUAGUGAAAAAGGCGAGAAUAGUCACUGAUUUGUGUUUACGCAUAAUAAAGGCACCUAUUGACUUGGAUGUUCCAGCAGUAUAUCAUCAAUUGAAUGAUACAUACCAUUCUUCUGAAUCGGAAACAGAGGUAGAAAAUAAACCUUCCACGAGUAAACAGAAAUCUACGUCAAGUAGAAAUUUACGUUCGCAACAAAUAUCGCUAGACUGGAAAUUAGCAUGUCGUCAAUUAUUAGAAUCUCUAUGGCAAUGUGAAGAUUCGAUUCCUUUUAGAGAACCGGUUGAUAGAUUAGAACAUCCAGAUUAUUAUCAGAUAAUAGACACACCGAUGGAUUUACGUACUGUCAAAGAGGAUUUAAUGGGCGGCAAUUAUGAAACACCAUUGGAAUUUUCCAAAGAUAUGAAGUUAAUAUUUACAAAUAGUAGGAAUUUUAAUACGAACAAACGUUCGAGGAUAUAUUCGAUGACAGUAAGACUAUCAGCCAUGUUUGAGGAGCAUAUGCGUAGGAUACUUUUGAAUUGGAAAUCGGCGCGUAGACGUACCAAUAAUACGAAAGCAAAAGUAAAAGGAAAAAGGAAGCAAAAACGAAAACGGAAACACAAUUUAAGCAAUGGUACAGGUUCUAAGUUGAAAUCUGCUCCAAGUGACGAAGAUGAGGAUGAGGAUGAUAUAAAUAGCGAUGACGAUGAUGAGGAAUCGAGUAAAGAUCAGAAGAAGAAAGAUUUUGACAUUUCUGCACCUGGACCAUCACGAAUGACAAACGGUCAUACAAAGCGAUCUGUCUCGUCUCGGCCGACGUUGAAACUGAGAAUCUGUCGGUCGACUGUAUCAAAGAAGUCGAAGAACAGUGAUAGUGAUGCUAGUGAAUCAGAGGCAACGAUAGAUACUGACAGUAGUAACAGUAGUGCCCCUGUUCGACGAACUAGAGCAAGAAAUGUGGUGCCCAGUGUUAGUGCCGAUACCGAUUCCGGGGACACUUAUACACUCAACGGUCGUGGCAAGCAGGUUCGCAAAAAUCGCGGCAGGAAUAUUAAGAAUGGUAAACAAUCUAAAUCCAAAGUGAAAUUGAACGUUAUCGUGGACGACGAGGACGAUGACGACGAUGAAUACGUUGCGAAAAACAAUGAUGACGAAGAGAAUAAAGAAGACGACGACGAGGAAGAGCAAUUCGUUGCACCAGACUCUACGGAAGAAGAAAGCGAGGAGGAAAAAUUUAUCCGAAGAGAUACUAGAUCGCGAAAAUUAGUAGUUGAAAGCAAGGAAAACCAAAAAUACACUGCUGACAAUGGAAAGAACGAAAAUAGCGAGAGCGAAAGCGAAGAAGACGAUGAAGAAGUAGAACAGGAUGAGGAAGAAGAGGAGGAAGAAAAACAAUUACAGCACGAAGCCAACAAUCAAGAUUCUGAAGACAGUGAUUAUUCAUAUGAAGCAUCAAUCAGGUCAUCGCGUUCCAGUCGUCGAAAACAACGCGGCCCCAUAGAGUCGGAUGAUACGAGACACUACGGCAGACGAGCAGGUCGAAAACGUCCCCAUUAUAAGGAGGAAAGCGAUGAUAGCACCAAUGGAGCGCCAAUAAGAAACCGACGCAAGAUCAAGCGCCGCUCUUAUGCCGAGGAGAGCGACGAGGACAGCUUACAGGAGCCUGGCAUUAGUAUAAGUAGUAGAGGCCGUAUACGUAAAAUGACGCAACGCGCCCGUGCUUAUCUUUUCGAAUCGGCAUAACGGCAUCUUCUAUGUUAAUAAAAGUUAUAUGUAUAUUAAAGAACCUGUUUCGCGUAGAAAUCCUGAUGAGGAUCGCAUCAUCUCGUGCUCGUUAAAGACGCGGAUCAACAGGUCACAACGCAAAAAAAAAAUGAAGGAUACACUAUUUCAUGUGUAUAAAUACUUCGAAAUGUUUGAUUGACAAAUUAGAAUAGAACUUUUUACAAUGUUUCUCCCCUGGUUUAUUUCGAAGCGUUUAUCAACGAAAAACAUAAAUGUAGCAGAUUUGGAAGACGAAUAGAAUUUUCCACUUCUUUGUCUUGUUUCGUCUCUAUAUUUGUUUUUUAUUGUUAUAGAUUUUUCACAAGAUAUAAUUGCAAUACGAAUUUCCGAUACUGCAGUACGAUUUUCAGAAAUAACGUAAAAACUGAAUUUGUGAACAAGAUUUAUACUCUGUGCACUCUUGUUCGACUUAUGUAAAAGAUGGAUUAUCGUACUAUAGUGUCAUAUUGAACGCUUCUGCUACAAAGAUCUUUCAUUUUUACAAAGUAGUUUUUGAAGCGUGUAUUCUUUUUUUAUAUUUGUCUUCAAACAAAUACACACAUAUAUAUAUAUAUAUAUAUGUGUGUGUGUGUGUGUGUAUAUGUAUAUAGUAGCAUAAUGGUACAAGCGGAAAUAGUUUUGUAAGCAGACGCGCGAUAUUUUUUGGUAUCUUGAUAGUCAUUCUGUAUAUGACAUGUUCAAUCGAAUUCACAUUAGACAGAUUACUGUAUAUAAAGUUUCACUCGCUCUAAAAAAAAUUAUAUAGAGAAUUCUAUAUAAUCGCGUUAUUGUACAGAUACAAUGAUUAUCUUGUUACUUGUAAAUGUUACUUGUAAAACGAGCGACUUGCUCUCAAAGACACGAGUUCUCGUUUGGUUGUGGCGAUUGCUUCCAUGAUUUCAAAAGUUUUAAGAUUCACAUAAAUUUUUAUGUUAUGACAAUAAAAAGAAGAGAAUCGAUAUAAAAUCAUUUUAUUUUAUAUAAAACAGUUUUUAGUUUUGCAAAAAUAAUAAGCAAGUUAAAUAACACACUUGUGAAUUUAUCAAGUUAUCAUUUUUACAGACUUUCGCAAUAUCAUUGUGACACAAUUGUUCGUUGAGUUUAUUUAUAGAAAAACUUUAAGCGAUUUUUUACAUAUUCUGUUCGAGUCAUUGAGAACAUAUGUAUAAAUCAGUAUUUUAAUUUUGAAAGAUUCUCAACAGAAAAAUGUAAUAAUAUUAGGUAUAAUUCAAUUUUCUACAUUACUGGAGUAAAAUUUAUAAGGUUUGUUAUAUAUGCAAUAACACUUACUUCCUUGGAUACCGGACUUAUAAUUAGCGUUUUUUAAAAUUGUAUUAAACGACGUGACAUUUGCAAUAGCAGUUGUUGUUAGCACAUACAAAGAAUUAAAUUUUAUUUUACUGAAUGUGAUGAAAAAUAUCAGGGAAAGUACAAGAAAAUAUUCUAUAUUAUUUUCUUCUCUUCUUUUUCCCAUUUUUCCUUCUUUUUUUCUGAAAGUUCGCCACUUUUCGCUUCUCACAAUUUUCAUUUAAGUUUAGGACAUAUGUGUAAAAAAAACGCGAGUCCGCCUGUAUGUAAAUAUAUAUGUAUUAACUCGUAUAUUCUUCUCUUUUCUUUCUUUUUAAUAUUCUAUGUUACAUAAAAGAUAACAUGAAUUUUAUAUAUGAUCCGUAGUGCUGCGUGUGAAAUAACGAUUUUUUAUAUAGUUUGUAUAUCUGUUACGGAUCUAUAUAUAAAAGAAGCCCCGCGUGGUCACAUAAUUUUAGAAUUUUUCAGGAAGGCAAAUAGACAUUUUUCAGGUUUAUAAGAUGCGAACUUAAAUCGAUUAUGCAUUACAUACUUAUGUAAAUGAUUAUUAGAUAAUUAUUGCCACCAACAGCUAACAUCAUUGAUCAAGACAAAUGCACAAAAGAUCAAAAGUCUUGACUGUCUCGAGCCAUUGUGAUAUUAGUUUAAGAAUAUCAAAUAUAUAAAGUAUAAAUUGAUAAUGUGUAAAUUAUCAAUAUAAUUAGGAUUGUAAUCAAUAUUUUUUUAAUGACUUAAAUAAGAGAGUCAUAUCACAUGUAGACUCGAUGAUGUAUCCAACCUUUGAUUAAUAUUAAUUUAACGAUGUUAACUUUGGUCUCAUUAAUCAUAUAAUAAUUAAUAUACUUCACGCGAAUAAUGAUUCAGAAAUAAUAUAAUUUCAUGUAUAUAAACUCUGCCGAGAACACACAUAGGACUUAAUAUGAAGACAGUUACAUUUUAUGUACAGUUUGACUUACUCUGUUGUGAAAUCUCAGCUUGCUUUGUUACAUACAUAUAAUACGGUUCUUUGAAACCCACCGUCACAUCAAUAAAAAAAAAUUAAAUUGUUUUACAUA